AUGUUUUCUGAAAUAAGAGUCAUUUUUGCUGAAAAAACCAGGGCGUUGUUCCUUGAUGCUUCGGCAUUUUUUGCAAUUUCCAUCAACUUUAUAUUAAUAAUUUUAAUUCUCACAAAGUCCCCAAAAACACUGGGAGCAUAUAAGUACUUGAUGGUUUACAUUGCAUUUUUCGAGUUAGCUUAUGCCGGGCUUUAUGUUGCUGAAAAACCAACCUUUUUUACCAAAGAUUCUGCAUUUCUGCUUAUCACUAAUACCAAAAAUUCAAUUUUUCCGAGGAGAAUUUCAAUGUUUGUUGAAGAACUUUUUAUUGGGUUCUACGGUUUAGCAAUGGCAAUUCUUGCAAUUCAUUUCAUUUAUCGUUAUCUGGCACUCAGCAGCAAUAUUUGGCUUCACACAUUUGAAAGUUGGAAGCUCGUCCUUUGGCUUAUGUUUCCUAUUGCAAACGCUGGAAUCUGGUGGUUUGUGGCUGCCGUUAUUUUUGCUGGAAAAGAAGACUCGGACAGAUAUUUGAAGAAAUUCUAUUUACCAUUGGCUCAACACCUAGUUAAUUUUGAGGACAUAUAUUGUAUUGGUCCGUUUUAUUACUUGAAAGAUGUCAAUGGAAAGUCUUAUAUAAACUGGAUAUCGUUUCAAGGAACGGCGAUUUCCUUAUCACUAAUUUGUCUUUCGUUCACGACAAUGAUAUAUUUUGGCUCAAAAGGUUACAAAUCAAUGAGCGAAUUGAUGAGCCUCUCCACCGUAUCGGACCAUGUAAAAAAUAUCCAUUCUCAGCUUUUCAAAACCUUAAUUUUUCAAACCAUGAUCCCAGUGCUCCUCAUGCAUAUUCCUGCAACUGUCACAUAUAUAACAUCAUUUUUCAACGUUUCAUCGGAAAUUUUCGGCGAAAUUCUUGACUUGAGCAUUGCACUUUACCCAGUGCUAAACCCGCUGCCAACGAUAUUUAUUGUCACAAGCUAUAGAAAAGCUGUUAUUGAUUUAUUAUGUUGCCGAAAAAAAAUUGUUCCACUCUCAACUGCUGAAGUGACUAAUCAAAUGGCAACUCAACCUAUGGCUAGUACUCUUUAAAUUUUGUUGAUAAAUUUUUUCUUGUAAUGAAG